AUGCAACCCUCUUUACUAGACAUUAUAGUGAGUGAUUCUGUUCAGCUGGUGGCCACCUCUGAGGUCCCAGCUGGCUUGCGGACCAAAGGCGUGUAUUUCCUGAAAACGAGCGACGUCCCCCUCACCCGCGAGGAGGAGACCAGCAACGUCCGCGACCAUGUUAUUUUCGGCGACAUUUCACCACAACCUCUGGACCAGCUCUCUACGCUCAUCGAAGAGGUGUUCAUCCCUCUGCUGGAGAACCCCGGCAAUCGAGAGGGAUGGCCGGACAUGGUCAAAGAGGACGUGUCCCGCCAGCUCUACUCUCUCAGGGGUACUGUGUAUCGCAUGUGGGGACAACUGCGAGGACAGACGCUUCUGCCGCUGCCCUUUGGCAUGGAUGCUCUCGAAAAGGCAGAGAGACAUGCACUCGAGACAGGAGAGAUGACGGACUCGCAGCUGAAGAGCGCCAUCGAGGGCGUGGUGAUCAAGUGGGUACACCAAGUGGACGAGGUGCUCAACCAGGACACGGACGACCUGGCCGGUCCCGACCACUUCCCGACACCGCUCGAGGAGAUCACCUUCUGGAGCAAACGGCGAGAGAACUUCAGUCACAUCGCAAAGCAACUCAAAGAUAAGAAGGUGAUGAUGAUGUCCAAUAUCUUGGAGGUGACAGAAUCAGCUUACUAUCCAGCCUUCGUCAAGAUGUGCGCAGACGUUAACAUAGCCGUGCACGAGGCGCGCGACAUCAUGAUCCACCUGACGCCCCUCAAGCCCAUGCUGGAGGAGAUGGAGUCGAUGGAGUUCCAGGAGGCGCCGCCGCUCAUCCCGCCGCUUGUGCACUGCAUCUGCCUCCUGUGGGCGCACUGCCCCGACUACCGCAAGCCGGACCGCAUCGUCACGCUCUUCAGGGAGAUCACCAACCUCCUCAUCGGCAUGGGAAGAGGCUUCAUAGGGGCCAUAGGGUUUCAGGCAGAGACAGCGGAGCCCCUGCAGAAGAUCAACACCUGUGUGUCCGUCCUCAAGACCUUCAGAGAUAGCUUCGAGGAGCACCGAUCGAAGGUUGACACGUACUUCCCGGAGGGCGAGCGUCCCCGCCGAUGGGAAUUUCACCCUACCCACGCCUUCGCCCGGAUGGACCAGUUUCUCGUCCGUCUGGCUAACAUCAAGGAAAUAUUUGACAUUGCCAAAGAAUUCCUCAAGAUCGAGAAAGUGGAAUUCGGCGGACCUAAAGGCAAGGUUCUGGGGGCUAGUGUCUCUGCCGUAUACAGCGAGUUCAACGAGGCCUACACCGCCUUCUCCAUCCGCACCUACGACUGCCUGGACCCCGCCGAGGCCGAUUUCGACGAGAGCCACCGCCAGUUCAAGAAGAAGGUGACGGAGCUCGAGCAGCGCCUCAGCCUCAUCGUGAACCACGCCCUCCAGGAGAGCCAGAGUCCCGAGGCCUACUACAAGGUGGUUGAACUGCUUGGAAGCAUCCUCGAGCGGCCGAUCAUCCAGGCGGAAUACACCAUCUGUCUGCCACACUUACUUCAGCUCCUCAAGCAGGAGAUCGUGACGGCUAAGGAGCUGUUCGAGAACUGGCAGCAAAGCAGCGGGAUCAUCGUGGUGGACGCGUUCGAUGAGGACGAAGACGACGAGGGUGGAAGUCAGGAGGACGAGCAGAUGCGAGGCUCGGAGGACGAGCAGGGGGAGGGGGAGAUGCGGAACAGAGUAAAAAAUCUGAGUGCGACUUGGGACCCUUUAGAAAUUAAUAAGCGGGUCAUGACCCUCGCGUGGGGUCGAGGAGGAGGGCGCGGCGUGCGAAGCAGUGGCGGAGGUGGGGGCGGGGGACGGUCCCUGAGGACCCUGGUGGACGAGGGAAGUGGUGCGGGUGCUGAGGGAGCUUUGCACGUGUGGGGUCCUCGGGAGGACCUCCGAGGGCACCCAGCUGCCUCUGACGCGAGACCUCCGGAAAUACCCGCUAAUCUGAGUGGUCACGGACUGGGAGAAAAGGAAAAUGCUAAUUUAGUAGCCCCCAAUAGAGUGUGGAACUACAUCGUGGCACUGAGGCGCACAGUGAGUGAUUUAGAAGCCCGCGUGCAGCAAGUGCAAGCAAACGUACGACGAAUAGAUGACAUCAUGACUACGUGGGUUCAGAAACCCAUUUUUGAAAGGCGAGAAGGCAAGAAAGAUGGACUACUUAGCCUCGAAGACAAGGCUGAGAAACUCAAGAAAGUGAGGGACACAGAUCCCGUCAUAUGCCAAAGGUAUACAACCAUGGAGCAAGACGGGGCUAAGAUUCGCGGCAUGGUAGACGAGAACAAGCGCCUCCUCAAAGUGCCCGAGGACUCCAGGCACUGGGACCGCUACCUCCUCUUCCUGGACCACAUGAUCACGCGAGGCCUUGUCGAUGGCGCCAGUUGCAGCUUAUUCUACCUGCUGGACAACUGCGAGUUGAGGGUCAAUCAGUUCCCCUUGCUCGAGGCCCGGCUAGAGCUGCAGGAACCUUACCUCAUCAUCCGCCCUUCGCCCGAGGAGCUUCGCAGCCUGGUGGAGACCCUUGUGGGGGAAAUUCUUCACAUCUGCGACCUCGUGCCCCGUCUGGCUACUCACUCUAAUAGUUCCUAUCUUCCUGACGUGGAGAAGGACGAAGAAGUUACAAACCUGAAGGAAACACUGAUAGGAAGGUUCGAGGCAGCGGCGGCCCAGGUGGCCGAGCACCGCGACCAGUUCCUGCAGCACCAAGCCCUCUGGCGGGAUCGGCGCGUCGAAGUGCUGGAGAAGUUCCUCACUUCGGAGGAAGGAGGCAAGCAGCCUGGACUACCCAAGUUCAGGCAACAGAUUGACAAGUACGAGCAGCUGCACGCCGAGCUCGAGAACAUAGACACGAUGGUGGUGUUCGACAAAUGGCUGCGCCUGGACGUGCGGCCCUUCAAGCACGGCCUGCUGGAGAACACCAAGAAGUGGGCGCAGAUGUACAAGCAACACCUCAUCGCGCAAGUAACGGACAGCCUGACGGAGCUGGACAACUUCAUCAAGACGACCGAGGUGGGGGUGGCACAGAACCUCAACAACGGGGACUACGACAUCCUGGUGUCUAUCAUGGCCCACCUUGUCAAAGUUAGGGACAGGACUCACGCCACAGACGCCAUGUUCGAGCCCCUCAAGGCCAUGAUCGCCCUCGUGCAGCAGUACGGCGACGACCUGCCGGAGACCAUGCACCUUCAAGAGCUGCCCGAGCAGUGGGAGUCCCUGAAGAAGCAGUGCGACCUCAUCCGGCAGCACGUGGCGCCUCUCAAGGCCAACGAGGUCUCGGUCAUCAGGAAGAAAUGCAUCAAGUUCGAGACGAGGCAAAAUAUUUACAGGGAAAAGUUCAGGCAGUAUUCGUUUUUCAACUACGAGUGCGAGAUGCCCUACUGGCGCCUGGAAAAAGUAAACGCGAGAGUAAGGCGGCUGGAGGAGGAGAUGCAACAGCUGCAGGAGUCUGCCAUGCUCUUCGAGGUCGUCAUUCCCGAGUUCAAGCACAUGAAGUCCUGCAGGAAGGAGCUGAGGAUGCUCAAGCAACUCUGGGAUCACAUCUGCCUCGUGCGAGCAUGCAUCAACCACUGGAAGACGACCCCCUGGAGGGAAGUGGACGUGGAGAACAUGGACAUCGAGUGCAAGAAGUUCGCGAAAGACAUCAGAGCUCUGGACAAGGAGAUGCGGGUGUGGGACGCCUACGUGAACCUGGACUCCACCGUGAAGAACAUGCUGACGUCGCUGAGGGCGGUGGCCGAGCUGCAGAACCCGUCGCUGAGGGAACGCCACUGGGGACAGCUCCUCGUGGCGACACAGGCGAACUUCGUAGACAAUCCGGAGACAACCUUAGCGGACUUACUCGAGCUCAACCUCCACAUGCACGAGGACGAGGUUAAGAACAUUGUCGACAAGGCAGUCAAGGAAAUGUCCAUGGAGAAGAUUAUCAAGGAACUGGACGUGACCUGGUCAACCAUGGAAUUCCUGGUGGACACGCAUCCUCGCACGGGCGUCAGCCUCAUUCGCACUUCGGAGGAGAUGAUCGAGACGCUCGAGGAAAAUCAGGUCCAGCUCCAGAAUCUUAUGACAUCGAAGUAUAUUGAACACUUCCUAGAGGAGGUGUCAGCAUGGCAGAACAAACUGUCCAUCGCCGACCAGGUCAUCACUCUCUGGUUCGAGGUCCAGCGCACCUGGAGCCACUUGGAGUCGAUCUUCACCGGGUCGGACGACAUUAGGCGAGCAGCUGCCGAAGACUCGGCCAGGUAUUCGACCAGUAUCGACAUUGACUUCAAGACUCCUUUGCACACCUGGAUCGCAUUCCCUCAAGAAAAUGGUGUGAGGAUAUGGUGCAAACCAACUGCUAACGCCACGAAACGCGAGGGACUUACCACUGGUGGAGGCGCUGAGGCGGAGCUGGCUGUCCAUUCUUUUUCCCUUCUUUUUAGGCAUCUCACCAAGUUGUUCGACAGCAUCGCGAUCCUCAAGUUCGCCGAGGGCGAGGACAGCGCCGCUACCACGGCAGUCGGGAUGACGGCCAAGGACGGCGAGUUCGUCCCCUUCUGCAACAGCACCAACUGUGUCGGCCCCGUGGAGAAGUGGCUGAUGAGCGUCCUGCAGGUGAUGCGCGCCACCGUGAGGGCGCGGCUCACCGACGCCGUGGCCGCCUACGAGGACCGCCCUCGAGAGCAGUGGGUCGACGACUACCCGGCGCAGGUGGCACUGACAGGCACACAGAUCUACUGGACCGUGGAAGUAACUGCUGCGUUCGCUCGUCUGGAAGAGGGCUACGAGAAUGCCCUUAGAGAUUAUUACCGCAAGCAGGUGAGGAUAGGAGACAUUUUGUACAUGGUCUGUUUAAGAAUUGGAAAAUCCCGGGCUACGGAGCAGCGCCUAGAGAUCAUGACCAUCAGCACCUCGAGUCAUGCGCGAGACGUGGUCGGUGGAGGAAAAUCAGCGAGCAAGUGGGACGAGGAGGAGGCCGACUGCUUCAUGGACAUCUGCGACGCCCGCAUGAAGUACGACCACGAGUACCUGGCAACACGAGCGCCUCGGUCACACCCGCCACGGACCCGCUACAUCACCCUCACGGAGUCGGCACCUGGUGAUGGGCGGCGCCCCCUCGGCCUGCGGGCCGGGCAACCGGCAGGACCCGGCCGCAGCUUCGGCAUGAUCGGUCCUCGUCUCACACUGCUCCGAGUAUGGCUACAAGUUAACUAUAAGAAUCACAGCUUGAAUCAGAAGACUGAAUUUGAUAGUCAUGGACGUUGUCUUCAAGAAUUAGAUGAACUCAGAGAAUAUAAGAUAUUUGAUUUUAAAAUGAUUGCUCAGGCAGCGCGAAUUCUACAAGCCUGCGCUAAACUGGCCAUGACUUAUAAGGGAUCAUUGAUUUUAAAUCUUUCUGUUCAGUCCAGAUGCCGGUUAAGAGAAGAACUUUUGGCGCUUGUCCAGGUGCUCAGAACAGAAAAUGUUGCAUGGGAAGACCGAUCGACUGGACGCUUCAGUCAGGAUUCAUCAUCAGAUACAAUAGCGACUCUAGAGAUUGAGCCAUCGAACGAUAGAGGAACUUUCGACUUCAUGGUGAGGCACCACGAAUGCGCUUGGUCACUCUCUCACCGACCGGUACCGGAACGGACGACUGCGAGAACUCAAGGUUCACUUCAGGCCAGCGCAUGUGUGCUUACGGGACCUCUCCGGACUCAUGAUGGUGCGGAAGGCUUCCACAGUUUCACUUCGAUCGCGGAAGUUCAUCACUCUCAUGACGGCUUCGCGCUGCCCGAGUUACCUCUAACAAACAUAACUCUGGGUCCUCGCGCUUCCAAGGGGCUUUAUACCGAUUCCUCUCAUACGGCGGAUUCAAUGACUCAAUAUUCAUCGGGCCUCGAUCCUUUUAACCAUACCUUUAGAGCGAUCAACAUUUUCCUUCCGUCCGCGUGGAGGACCACAUUGGACGGAUCUCGUCGCUCCAAAUCGCCUAAGCCUCUCGUCCUCGCCUUCCCAGAGUGGAAGAGCUGGAAGGACGCCCGAGGGCUACGACGACGGCUCUCGGCACCUCACCCCGCCAUCAGAGUGGAAGGACGGCUGAUGGGCGUCCCAUCGGCUACCGGCGACCAGAUAAUUGUUACUUUUAGUGCAACUUUGCUUCAGAUCCUCGCAAUUAUCAUCAGGGCAUUUGACAAGAGGCAGAGCCUUGCGAAGUCGCACUCUUCCACGAGCGCACCGCAAGCAGCCCAAAGUAUUUUUUAUCCUUCACCCUGUCCGUGGCCCCCUCGACUAAAUCUUGACAGCAACGAGCCAUUUCGCUGCCCUGCCCAGAUCGCCCCUGGUUCGAUAGAUCAGCCACCGGCGAGAACGGCCCCGCCCAUGUCCUGCUCCGGACAAGUACAUGACCAGGGACUGCCUGGGAGAUCACCGGGGUCCCUUCGGCUUUGUGCCCGCCCAUGGCUGAUACCUGGCACCAGCUGGAUGAUAGCCACAGUCCGGCCGAAAGGCCAACCAUCGGCUCCUGUUGUUCAGCAAGGUUCCAGCUGGAGUUCAAGAUCAUGCGCAGUUCCGCUUCAAGAGGACACCGUCCCGAUCGAUACGCACUCGAAUGAUACGUGUCAGCCCUUGACGCCUCUUGACGCCGGAGAGAUCCGUGUUCACUCGACAGCCCGAAGGAGCGCUCAUGGAGCUUCGAUUUGUGUCGGGCUUCGGGGCCUGUGGGUUCGGCGCUCUGACCAGGACGGUGUUGGAUCUCGAGCUUCUCGAAAUGUGAUAAAAGCACUCUCCCCAGACACACUAUCUCGGUAUAUUUCGAGUUACAAGUGGUUCAGCUGGAGUCAAGACGUCAAUUCCCGUCUUAGCACGUACUUCAGAUACUGCAUCGAGAAGGAAAACUAUUCAAGUGGUCACUCGAAGAUCCAAUCGAGCUCGAAUCCCGGAAACACGCCAAUGCAGAGCUACUCCAAAGCUAUAUCCCAAAUCCACUGGGAAUUAAUCAAAGCAACAAAGACGCAAUUAACUAUGAAAUACUACGUAUGCGAUUCGCUCGGUCCUCGGGUGUUGUCGGUGAGUCCUGGUUACUCGCUGUGUGUCCUGAAACCCCCCGACCAACCCGACUCGACCCCCACGUGUCGGUGGCAAAAAAUAGGCCUCCGUCGGACAGGUCGUCUGGUGGCGCACCCCCUCCCUGCAUCUCCGUCCCCAACACCCGCCCUUCAGAAGCCCCUUCAGGACGCCGGGUCUCAUCCUCAAGGAGUUCUCGCCCCGUCCCGUCCGACUGCCCAGCGGCCGAACUUUAGAAUGAGAGUGGAAAUGUAUUCUCUUGCACGUAUAUGCAUCCACGUGUGUCUCUCUCUCUUUGCCAUGAACAGCUUCGACAGAACAAAUACACCUCCUACAGAAAAACUUGCAUUGCCCUUUGUGAAAUUAACAGUGAUGUUAUCAACAGCCAUUCACUCCAGAUCUGAAGUUCCAUUUGAAACUAACAUCAUGUGCUAUCCUUCUCUCAAGGAAAAUAUCCCUGACACUUUCUCUUCACGUCUCCUGGUUGUUCUCUUCCUCAGCACUGUCACAUUCCACCUUCUUCCCCACUGCUAUGUGUCACCCACAUUGCAAAGCAGCUUCCCACAAUCGAUAUCGCAUUGCACACACAUUCCCUGUAGUGUCCUUGAUGUGCCUUCGAUAAAUUCCUUACCAAAUACAAAAUUGUUGUUACUGGAUGUGCGGUAUGUAAGGCAAGCUUGGGCAGGUCACAACUGUAAAUUUGCAAUGUUUGGGUCAGUCUAUAUUGUGAUCAAAAGCUUCAAAGCCUACAAGGAAUCACGUCCCAUCAGCGUUCCUGAGGCGUCAGUGUCACAAACUAGCCCCAAGUGUCAGAUUCAUAUGAUGUGUUACCCGUACAUGGUCUGUUAUAAAGGUUUAGCCUUACAAGUCCAGAUUACUAGGGAUCAGUGGAUUUCUGUAGAGGGAAAUUUAGAGCAAAAAGUUAGUCAUGCAGGUUAUGUCAACAUGAACACUUCCAUUUCGCCAUUACUAUCACCCAGCCAGGGUCAUCAAAAAGUAUGCAGAUGGUUUCACUCAAAAACGAAAGAAGGUAUACAAAUUAGAGUUGUAGAGAAGUUAAUGUUUCUACUUGCAUGUUGGCUGAUCUUGUCGAGCACGCAGUCCAUGAUGGUGCACACGAGCGAGACCGUGCGCCUCAAGUUCUUCAUCGACCUCCUGAUGAGCAAGCGCCACCCCGUCAUGCUGGUGGGAACCUCGGGAUGCGGCAAGACGGCGCUGCUGAACGAGAAGCUCAACUCUCUGCCGGAGGAGUAUGCGGUGUGCAACGUGCCCUUCAACUACUACACCACCUCAGAGCUGCUGCAGCGCGUGCUGGAGAGACCCCUGGAGAAGAAAGCCGGAAAGAACUACGCUCCUCCGGGGAACAAGAAACUUGUCUACUUCAUCGACGACAUCAACAUGCCCAUGGUCGACCAGUACGGCACGGUGCAGCCGCACACGCUCAUCCGGCAGCACAUGGACUAUGGCCACUGGUACGACCGCACCAAGCACACGCUCAAGGACAUCCACAACGUGCAGUACGUGGCCGCCAUGAACCCCACGGCAGGAUCCUUCACCAUCAACCCGAGGCUCCAGCGCCACUUCAAUGUCUUCGCUGUCAGCUUUCCCUGCAUGGAGAGUCUCAACCUAAUAUAUUCGUCGCUUCUUGAUCAACACCUGAAGAGCGCCUCUUUGAAGUUCAACCCAACUCUCACUCGGAUGACGGAGCCCAUGGUACAGGCCGCGCUCCAACUGCAUCAGAAAGUCGCCGCUACUUUCAUGCCAACAGCUACCAAGUUCCAUUACAUCUUUAACCUUAGGGAUCUUACCAACAUCUUCCAGGGCCUCCUGUUCUGCACGGGCGAGACGGUGAAGGCGCCCAUCGAGCUCCUCCGCUGCUGGCUGCACGAGACCCAGCGCGUGUACGGCGACCGCCUCCUGGAGGAAAAGGACCUGGAGAUGCUGACCAAACUCCAGGUUGAUGUUACAAAGAAGAUCUUCGAGGAACUGGACGAGGCGGAGGUCAUGGCCAAGCCCAACGUCUUCUGCCACUUCGCCCGCGGCAUCGGGGAGCCUCGUUACCUCCCCAUCAAGUCGUGGGACGACCUCAACACCAUCCUGCAGGACGCCCUCACGACCUACAACGAGCUAAACGCUGCCAUGAACCUCGUGCUCUUCGAAGACGCCAUGGCGCACGUGUGUCGAAUCAACCGCAUCCUGGAAUGCCCCCGUGGAAACGCCCUCCUGGUGGGGGUGGGGGGAUCAGGCAAGCAGUCCCUCGCCCGCCUCGCCGCCUUCAUCUCCGGGCUCGAGGUGUUCCAGAUCACCCUCACCAAGGACUACAGCAUCCAGGAGCUCAGGAGCGACCUCGCGAACCUAUACGUGCGUGCCGGACUGAAGAACCUGGGCACGGUGUUCCUCAUGACCGACGCCCAUGUCCCCGACGAGAAGUUCCUCGUGCUGAUCAACGACCUCCUGGCCUCGGGGGAGAUCCCUGACCUCUUCCCCGAGGACGAAGUGGAAAAUAUUGUGUCUUCAGUGAGGAAUGAGGUAAGGGAAGGGGAAGCGGGAAUGCAAGAAGGUCGUAUCACUUCGAAUCGUCGUUUCGAAGUGUACGAGUACUUAGUGCUGUACUGCUCAAUAGGUCUUACUGACUGGUACAGUGUAAAUAGUAGGAAAUACAAAAACGCAAACACCAUCCCAGCAUGUCCUGUGCAACGAGGCUUCAACCCAGGCUCAGACGCCUCAGCUUCUCCACUCCUAGAAACACUCGGAAGCAUGAACACAACACAGUCACUGUUCGUACGCACGUCAUUCUGCCCCACACCAGUUGUAGAUAGGGUGAGCGCAUGCCAAGCACACUGCCCUCCAGCCAUUCCCCCAAGAGGGUCUUGGCUCCUCCAUACGAAGCAUUUCGCCACCAUGAAUUGCCACUGCUCAGUGCCAUCAUGGAUGGUGGGACGUGAGCGUGCGCGCCCACGCCUGAUGGGCGUGCACGGAGGACAGCACCGUGUGGCUCCAGCACUGUCACCUUCCGCCGGUUCAGACACGCUCAGCACCUUCACAAACACUCAACGUCCAUGUCCUAUUUGCAACCAGGGUCACAGGGAGUACAAGGACGUCUGGUUGGUAUGUAUUUCCGCCGUGGUAAAGUGCUUCUUGUACCGGCGUCAGACACUCCCCGCCCUCGACGCAGCUGCCUUUUUAACAGUAGUUCUGAUUAAAGAGAAUUCGUGGUUCCUUCUUGGACAUCGUAUGAAUGUGUAUGUCAACAUUCGCCUGAAUCUCCUUAUUGCCUUCUCCUCACCUUCAGGGUCACGGAACAAGAGACAGUUUAUAGAUACAGACCAUCCGUCUGCCUCCUCAUCAUCAAAUACGAAAGCACUAUCCAAACCUAUCAGUCCAGACCACAUGUCACAUUGUAGACGGCGCCCAACGCUGAGGUUCUUCAUCGACCGACUGGAAACCUGUUCCCGAUAUGGUGAUAGAAUAUCAUGCGCCUACAAUGCAGCUCGAGUCCCACCUCAGUUCAUCGCACGUCCCACGUCCGUAACGGACACUGAUGCCGCUUCUAAGACAUCACGACCGCGCGUCUCUGAAGUACUUACACAUGAGCCAAGACCUGUCCUGGGCUUCUCCGUUACCGGCUCUCUCGGCAAGCUGACCCAGGAACUCCAGGCUAAGAUCAGAAUGCAGAACGGCUGCCAGAAGAUAGGACUGAUUCUCACUUCGAUCACAGUGGACGAGCUCAAGGCCAAGCUCGCCGUGCAGGAGGUGGAACUCCAGAAGAAGAACGACGAAGCCGAUAAGCUGAUCCGCAUCGUGGAAGCCGAGACAGCCAAGGUGUCGAAGGAAAACGAAAUCGCCAAUGAAGAGAAAAGGAAGGUCGCCAUCAUCGAGGCCGAAGUGGCCAAGCGACGGAAGGAGUGCGAGGAGGACCUGGUCAAGGCAGAACCUGCACUCGUCGCGGCAAAGGAAGCGCUCAACACGCUUAACAAGGCAAAUCUCACGGAGCUAAAAUCCUUCGGGUCGCCUCCGUCGGGCGUGGACAGAGUGACGGCAGCCGUGAUGGUGCUGCUGGCCCCCAAUGGUAAAAUUCCAAAGGACAGGUCCUGGAAAGCAGCCAAGGUGAUGAUGGCAAAGGUGGACCAGUUCUUGGACCAGCUCAUUAACUACGACAAGGAAAACAUUCAUCCAGACAUCAUCAAGAACAUUACACCUUAUCUAGAGGACAAUGAAUUCAACCCAGACUUCAUCCGUUCCAAGUCUGUAGCUGCUGCAGGCCUGUGUUCGUGGGUCAUCAACAUCAUCAGUUACUACGAGGUUUACUGCGACGUGGAGCCCAAGCGACGCGCCCUGGAGGACGCCAACAACGAGCUGGCAGCGGCCCAGAGUCGCCUCACCGCCAUUAUCUCCAAGAUCAAGAGCUUGGAGGAACAGCUGGCGCGACUUCAGGCAGAGUUCGACAAAGCGACGGCCGAGAAAAUGAGAUGCGAGAAGGAAGCGAACAGCACCGCCCACACCAUCGCCCUCGCCAACCGCCUGGUCGGAGGCUUGUCCUCGGAGAAGAUCCGCUGGGCUGAAGCCGUGGCGCAGAUGCACACAUCAGAGAAGACCUUGCCCGGGGACAUCCUGCUGGUGGCUGCCUUCAUCUCCUACGUCGGUUGCUUCACGAAACACUACAGACGCGACCUCAUGGACAAGCUGUGGCUUCCUCUCCUGCAGAAGCUCAACCCCGUGAUCCCCAUCACGCACAACCUGGACCCCAUCAAGCUCCUGACGGACGACGCGACGAUCGCCGGCUGGAACAACGAGGGCCUCCCGUCCGACCGCAUGUCCACCGAGAACGCCAUCAUCCUCACCAACUCCGAUCGAUGGCCGCUCAUUAUCGACCCGCAGCUCCAGGGCAUCAAGUGGAUCAAGGCGAGGUACGGCGAACAGCUGAUCGUGGUGCGCCUCGACCAGAGGAACUCCAUCGACGUCCUGGAGGCCGCCAUCACCCGGGGCGAGACCGUCCUCAUCGAGAACCUCCCGGAGAGCCUCGACCCCGUGCUCGACCCGCUCAUCGGGAAGAACCUUAUCAAGCGCGGCAGAGCACUUAAAAUCGGCGACCGGGAAAUCGAAUACAACGACACAUUCCAGCUGAUCCUCCACACCAAGCUGGCCAACCCGCACUACAAGCCCGAACUGCAGGCGCAGUGCACCUUGAUCAACUUCACGGUGACGCGCGACGGGCUCGAGGACCAGCUGCUGGCGGAGGUCGUGAAGGCCGAGAGGCCAGACCUGGAGGAGCUCAAGUAUAACUUGACAAAGCAACAGAACGACUUCAAGAUUCAGCUGAAGCACCUGGAGGAUGACUUACUGAGCCGCCUGUCAUCCGCCGGAGGAAACUUCUUGGGAGACACGGCUUUGGUGGAGAAUCUGGAGCACACGAAGGCCACGGCCCAGGAGAUUCAGGAGAAGGUAAGUGCCGAAGCCCGCAACACGAGCGCGCAGAUCGACGAGGCCCGCGAAAUCUACCGCCCCGCCGCCGCCCGAGCCUCGCUCCUCUACUUCAUCCUCAACGACCUCCACAAGAUCAACCCCAUCUACCAGUUCUCUCUUAAGGCGUUCCGAGUGGUGUUCCAGCAGGCCAUCGAGCGCUCGGAGGCCAACGACGAGGUGCGGCUGCGCGUGAAUGCCCUCAUAGACACCAUCACGUACAGCGUGUUCCUCUACACCACCAGAGGACUCUUCGAGAAGGACAAGCUCAUCUUCGCCGCCCAGAUGACCUUCCAAGUGCUUGCCUCCCAGGGCGAGGUGGGCGCCAUCGAGCUGGACCUUCUGCUUCGGUUCCCGAUUCAGCCGAACGUGGUCUCGCCCAUCGACUUCAUCACCAACAACAACUGGGGCGCGAUUCGCUCCCUCUCGCAGGUCGACGAAUUCAGGAACCUGGACCGCGACCUGGAGAACAGCGUGAAGCGAUGGCGCAUGUACUGCGAGUGCGAGGCGCCCGAGAAGGAGAAGCUGCCGGGGGAGUGGAAGGGCAAGUCCGACGUGCAGCGGCUGGUCAUCAUGAGGGCGCUGCGUCCUGACCGCAUGACGCACGCCAUGCAGCUGUUCAUCGAGGAGCGGAUGGGGAGGAAGUACGUGGAGGGCGAGAACAUUGACUUCUCGCAGAGCUACGAGGAGAGUGGGCCGUCCACGCCUAUCUUCUUCAUCCUCUCCCCCGGCGUCGACCCUCUCAAGGACGUGGAGCGGCUCGGGCACAGCCUGGGCUACACCUGCGAGAACCGGCGUCUGCACAACGUGUCGCUGGGCCAAGGGCAGGAGAAGGUGGCGGAGGAGGCCAUUCAGAUUGCGGCCAGGGAGGGCCAUUGGGUCAUCCUGCAGAACAUUCAUUUGGUGAGACAAUGGCUUCCACGACUGGAGAAAAAGCUGGAAAUCCACGCGGACGGCGCUCACCAAGAGUACAGGGUUUUCAUGAGCGCUGAGCCCGCAAGCAAACCCGAGAACCACAUCCUGCCGCAGGGCAUCCUGGAGUCGGCCAUCAAGAUCACAAACGAGCCGCCACGGGGCAUGCAAGCCAACCUCCACAAGGCGCUCUACAACUUCACGCAGGACACGCUCGAAAUGUGCUCCAAAGAGGCUGAAUUCAAAUCCCUCUUGUUCUCUCUGUGUUACUUCCACGCAUGCGUCGCGGAGAGGAGAAAGUUCGGGUCGCAGGGAUGGAACAGACCCUACCCCUUUAACACUGGCGACUUGACCAUCAGCGUGAACGUCCUGUUCAACUACCUGGAGGCGAACAGCAAGGUUCCUUGGGAGGACCUCCGCUACCUCUUCGGGGAGAUCAUGUAUGGGGGCCACAUCACGGACGACUGGGACCGCAGGCUGUGUCGCACGUACCUUGAGGAGUUCCUGCACCCAGACCAGCUGGAUGGAGAGCUGAACCUCGCACCAGGCUUCCCAGCGCCUCCCAACCUGGAUUACUCGGGCUACCACAGCUACAUAGAUACGUGUCUCCCCCAAGAAUCGCCCCACCUGUACGGCCUCCACCCCAAUGCCGAGAUCGGAUUCCUCACCAUGACGUCGGAGCACCUCUUCAAGACGGUGUUCGAGCUCCAACCGCGGGACAUGGGGAACACAAGCGGUGUCGUCAUCACAAGGGAGGACAAGGUGAAGCAGACCCUGGAUGAGAUCCUGGAGAAACUGCCCGAGGAGUUCAACAUGUCCGACAUCACGGGCAAGGUGGAGGAGCGGACGCCCUACGUCGUGGUCGCCUUCCAGGAGUGCGAGCGGAUGAACCUCCUCAUCCACAUCAUCCGGGUGUCUCUCAAAGAGCUCGACUUGGGCUUCAAGGGAGAGCUGAAGAUAACCUCAGCGAUGGAGGACUUGGGUGCAGCGCUGUUUCUCGACCAAGUGCCCGACUCGUGGGCGGCGCGGGCGUAUGCCUCCACCCUCGGGCUCACGUCCUGGUAUGCCGACCUGUUGCUCAGGAUGAAGGAGCUGGAGACUUGGGUCAGCGACUUCCAGGUGCCGCCGUCGGUGUGGCUGGCCGGCUUCUUCAACCCACAGAGCUUCCUAACGGCCAUCAUGCAGAGCACUGCUCGCAAGUGCGAGCUUCCCCUCGACCAGAUGUGCCUGCAGUGUGACGUCACCAAGAAGAAUAAGGAAGACUUCACUUCGCCGCCACGGGAGGGAGCCUACGUCCACGGGCUGUUCCUCGAAGGUGCUUCUUGGGACAACGAUAAUUCCAUUCUGAUUGAUUCACGAUUGAAGGAACUCCACCCGCAAAUGCCAGUCAUAUUCAUCAGGGCCAUCACCGUGGACAAGGCUGAGAGCCGCAACCUGUACGAGUGCCCCCUGUACAAGACUCGGGAGCGAGGGCCUCAUUAUGUGUGGACCUUCAGCCUCAAGACGAAGGAGAAGCCGGCCAAGUGGAUCCUGGCGGGCGUGGCGCUCCUCCUGCAGGUGUAGAAGGUUCUUCGUCUCCUUCGGUUUAAGUCUUCGAUUCUGUUUUUGGUUCAGUAGUCCUUGGUUUAUUUCUAAUGUUAUUGUUACUGGAGUCGUCGAGACUCUGUUUUUCGUCUGUAAUGAUUGUUUAAUUUUGUUUUAUUUCAUUCCGGUAAACAUAGUAAGUUUUUGUACGUUAAAAUGACGUUUAUUGUAUCUUACUCUACAUAUAUCUUCUUAACGGCAUUGAUUUUCUGUGUUUUCGUUACUGUUAUCAUAUUUUUUAUAUAUAAAUUGUGGCAAAAGAAGAACAUAAAUCCUUUUGCAUUUAUCAAGCACAAUGACAUAAAACCUAAAGUUAAUAUUCUAUCUAUAAGUUAAUAAUUAUAAAAGUAGAUCCGUGUGUGAUCACCUAGAUUUUUUCUAAUAGAACAAUGCAAUUAUUAAUAAGAGGUACAUAUUCUCAUACUAAAAUGCAUGCGUAUUUUUUAUCGAGUGGUAGAAGAAAUAGAAGAUGAAUAUCCCCACAACAAUUUUAUUUUGAUUGUAGUUGAGCUGUGAUAUGUAAUAUGUAAUAAAGUAUGAUGUAGAUC